CUCCUCCUUUUUCCUCUGGACGGAACAGGAUCUUUCGAGAUCUCCGGGUUUUUUUCUGCCCUUUCUCUCGCGCUCUCUCUCUCUCCACCCCUCCCUCCUCCCUCUGUCCCUUUCCCUCCCCCCUGCGCGUGGAGGCGACCGGCGUCGCGCGCCGCUGCCCAUUUAAACGAGCUUUUUGAGUGGUCGCGGCUCAGUCGGCGAAGAGGCGGCGGGCGGGACGGUUGACUCUCCCUCGGCUCGCCUCUCUUCCUGAGGGCCCGGCUUCUUUGGCAACAUGUCGGUGGUGGGCAUCGACCUCGGCUUCCAGAGCUGCUAUGUGGCAGUGGCCCGGGCGGGGGGCAUUGAGACCAUCGCCAAUGAAUACAGCGACCGCUGCACCCCGUCAUGUAUAGCCUUUGGACCUAAGAAUCGUUCAAUUGGAGCUGCAGCAAAAAGUCAAGUAAUUUCUAAUGCAAAGAAUACAGUGCAAGGUUUUAAAAGAUUUCAUGGCCGGACAUUUUCGGAUCCCUUUAUUCAAGACGAAAAAGCAAAACUUGCUUAUGAACUUGUCCAGCUCCCAUCACAUUUAGUUGGCAUCAAGGUGAUGUAUAUGGAAGAAGAAAGAAGUUUCACAAUUGAGCAGAUGACAGGAAUGCUCCUCAGUAAGCUAAAAGAAACAGCAGAAAAUACACUUAAGAAGCCCAUGGUUGAUUGUGUUGUAUCUGUUCCUUGUUUUUAUACAGAUACAGAACGGAGAUCUGUGAUGGAUGCUACACAGAUUGCUGGACUCAACUGCUUGCGGUUAAUCAAUGAAACUACUGCAGUUGCUCUGGCAUAUGGAAUUUAUAAACAAGACCUACCUGCAUUGGAAGAGAAACCACGAAAUGUGGUGUUUGUUGACAUAGGGCAUUCAGCGUAUCAAGUUUCAGUAUGUGCAUUCAACAAGGGAAAGUUGAAGGUUCUUGCAACAGCAUUUGAUACAGUACUUGGUGGCAGGAAGUUUGAUGAAGUCCUAGUAAAUUAUUUCUGUGAAGAAUUUGGCAAGAAAUAUAAACUAGACAUAAAAUCCAAAAUUCGUGCAAUGUUGAGAUUAUCUCAGGAAUGUGAGAAACUGAAGAAAUUGAUGAGUGCAAAUGCCUCUGAUUUGCCAAUGAACAUAGAAUGCUUCAUGAAUGAUAUUGAUGUCUCUGGCACUAUGAACAGGAGUAAAUUCUUAGAGAUGUGUGAAGAUCUUUUGGCUAGAGUAGAACCACCACUUCGCAGUGUCCUGGAACAAGCUAAGUUAAAGAAAGAGGAUAUCUAUUCUGUAGAGAUUGUAGGAGGGACUACAAGAAUACCUGCUGUAAAAGAACGUGUCAGUAAAUUCUUUGGUAAGGAAGUUAGUACAACAUUGAAUGCGGAUGAAGCUGUCGCUCGAGGCUGUGCAUUGCAGUGUGCUAUUCUGUCCCCGGCUUUUAAAGUGAGAGAAUUUUCUAUCACAGAUUUGGUACCAUAUCCCAUUUCUUUAAAAUGGAAUUCUCCAGCAGAGGAAGGAAUAAGUGAUUGUGAGGUAUUCCCAAAGAAUCAUGCUGCACCAUUUUCCAAGGUCCUCACAUUCUACAGAAGGGAGCCCUUUACUCUGGAGGCAUAUUAUAGCUGCCCUAAGGAACUGCCUUAUCCAAAUCCUGCCAUCGCUCAAUUUCUAAUUCAGAAGGUAAUUCCACAAGCCGAUGGCUCCAGUUCAAAAGUUAAAGUCAAAGUCAGAGUAAACAUCCAUGGUAUUUUCAGUGUUUCAAGUGCAUCCCUUGUGGAAGUUCAUAAGUCAGAAGAGAAUGAGGAGCCCAUGGAAACUGAUCAGCAUGCCAAGGAAGAAGAGAAGAUGCAAGUCGACCAGGAAGAGCAACAAAAAACUGAGGAGAACCAGCAACAGGCACCAGCUGAAAACAAGACUGAAACUGAAGAAAUGGAGACCUCCCAAGCUGGAUCAAAGGAGAAGAAAACAGAUCAGCCUCCUCAAGCUAAAAAAGCUAAAGUAAAGACAACAACAGUUGAUCUUCCAAUUGAAAACCAGUUUGUGUGGCAAAUUGGAAAGGAUCUGUUGAACUUAUUUAUUGAGAAUGAGGGUAAAAUGAUCAUGCAAGAUAAACUGGAGAAGGAACGGAAUGAUGCCAAGAAUGCAGUGGAGGAAUAUGUUUAUGAGAUGAGAGAUAAGCUGUGUGCAGUAUAUGAAAAAUUUGUUAGUGAGGAGGACCGCAAUAGCUUCACUCUGAAGCUGGAAGACACAGAAAACUGGUUAUAUGAGGAAGGCGAAGACCAGUCAAAACAAGUCUACAUUGAUAAGUUGGCAGAACUGAAAGCUGUGGGGCACCCUAUUCAGGUGCGAUUUCAGGAAUCUGAAGAAAGACCAAAAGCCUUUGAAGAGCUUGGAAAACAGAUCCAGCAGUAUAUGAAAGCCAUCCUUGCUUUUAAAGCAAAGGAAGCUAUGGAAAAGGUUGAAAGUGAUUGGCAGGAUGAACAAUAUGACCACUUAGACCCUGCAGAAGUGGCCAAAGUGGAAAAGAAUGCAAAUGAAGCCAUGGAAUGGAUGAACAACAAGCUCAAUCUUCAGAACAAGCGAAGUCUUACUUUGGAUCCGGUUAUUACAGCUAAGGAGAUUGAAGCAAAAACAAAAGAACUGAUAACUGCAUGUAAUUCUAUAGUCAACAAACCAAAACCGAAGGUGGAACCUCCAAAAGAAGAACAAAAACCAGCAGAACAAAACGGUCCCGUAGAAGGCCAAGGGGAUGGGACCCCAGCAUCUCAGGCGGCUGAACAGAACACUGAUCCAGCAGCCCAAGCACCAACAGAGAAGAAACUUCCCGAAAUGGACAUUGAUUGAUUGGUUGAUUAAAUUCCAGCUCUUGUUUAUAUUUAGAAACUACAAUAAAGCUUUAAGUUGUUGAUUUUUAUGUUCCAGAUAUAAAUGGGAGCCAUGUAAGAACUGCAGAUUUUUCACAUUAUAGUUUUUGGAUGGAGCUGGUCAUUCAGAAGCAUCUCAUCCCUUGGGUAGCAAACUCUUUAGUUUUAUAAUUUCUGUCAUUUUGCCAUAUAACUUUAGAAGCCCUUCGGUAAAUUUAUAAAGUCGUAACUUGACAAUUCACUUCCAAUACUAUUCCUGCUGUAAAUCCCAUUUUAAAAGGAGGAGAAAUGCAACUGGAAAUAAUUUAGUUCCUUAAGACUGUCCCACUAAGUUGAUAUUGUGGGUUGCAGCAGUUGCAUUACAGCUGUCAAUUGACAGACGAAUCCCAGAAUUCUUUGACAGGCUGAUUCUUCUGCACAAGAGCAAUAAUGGCAUAUUUUCUAGCAGGAAUUUAAUUUAAUUUUACAUUGUACCAUUAAUAGUUAAUUGAAGUAUAUGGAACUAUGGAAUAGGUUACAUGUUUGAGCUAAAUAUGGAGAACUGAAAUGACGGGAGUGCUUGUAUUUUCAGGUCAUGUCCACACUCCCUUAUGAACAUAGAUGUCCUGGGCAUGGUAUCAAGUUGUGUAUCUGAUAUGCAGCAUAGCAGAUAUAUGCAAAUAUGUAUACUUAUGUUAAAGUCUCCCCAGUUAUAUGAAAGGAUGUGUAAACUUCUGUCUCUAGUUUAUGUACCUACUUGUAGGAAAAGAGGAUAUAAUGCUAGCUGUUGGCACUUAAGGGUGGCUCUAGUUAGUUGCUAACCUGGAAGAGAGUAUUUGCUUCUUUCACAUGGAAGUGCUUAGCUUUACCUUCCAAUGAAACAGUGGCAAAAAAAGGUCUAGCAGUUUACUCAUGUGCCCCUCUACACCUCGGCUGUGUUCUUCUAGUAAUUGAUAAUUGUCAUAAACAUGUAUGUGUUGAAAUCAAAGUGGAAUUAUCCAUACACAUUGCAAGAAAUAAAUGCACUGGAUUGUACUUGA